AUGAGUAGUGCUAUAUUUACAUGCAACAGCUGUGCAAGCCAGUUUGCCACCAGUGACCUGCAAAGGUAUCACAUGAAGACCGAAUGGCACAGGUACAAUUUGAAGAGGAGAAUUGCGGAACUUCCACCAGUUUUGGCGGAUGAGUUCGCAGAGAAAUUGCAGAUAUCACAGAGGGAACAAGGUAGGAACCAAGUGGAUGAGUUCGGGUUUUCUAUCUUGCCAGCCCCUCAUGAAAACCGUGGUUCAGCAAAGAAGAAGCACCAUAAAACCAUUCUGAAGAAUUUGGAUCAUGAGGAUAUGAGCGAGUAUCAACGUGCAAAAUCUCACCACCACCGGAUGAGAAAAGUUGCCUCGAAUGCGGAGUCUGUUGACUCAGAACUGUCUCAUUUGACUUUGGAAAGUGAACUUGCCACUAACACAGACUUUGGUGAGGACACUAUUUCAGAGUACAGCUUCACUACCAGUGAAUCUGGUUUUGCGACUGACCACAAUGAUGAGGAUGAGGUCGAUAACAUCUUACUUCCCGAGGGGGAUAAAGAUGGUGCAGCUGACAUUGCUGUUGUCAGCCAUACAAGAUGCAUAUACUGUGGUGUUGAGAAUAAAGAGGUCGAAAGAAACGUGAAGCACAUGUUCCAUUUACAUGGACUCUACAUACCUGAACGGUCGUACUUGAUAAAUUUGCCUGGGCUGCUGAACUUUUUGAUCAAUAAAAUAGUCAUUGACCUGGAAUGCCUCUGUUGCAACUUUCAUGGUUUAAGCUUGGAAAGCAUCAGAGCACAUAUGAAUUCUAAACGUCAUUGUCGGAUGCCUUACGAAACAAAAGAAGAGAGGACGCUUUUUGCUGCAUUUUACGAUUUCAGCUCCAUCGAUGAAGUUGAGGGGGAAGAUGAAACUGUCAAGCGCAAAUCGGACAAAAAGAUCCAUUUUGACGAGCCAGUUGAACCGGAGGAAAAUGAUGCUGGUGAAUACGACAUAAACUCUAACUAUACCACUGUUACAGUUGAUGAAUCGACUGGGAUGGAAAUGACGUUGCCAAGUGGCACAAGAUUAGGCCACAGAGCUGGACAAAGAUAUUACAGACAAAAUUUGCCCUCGCCUUCAGAGGAUAGUGAAAGCAGAAGGACAGUGACUGCUUCUGAUAGGAGAUUGGUAAGUGGUGUUACGGAGAAGCAAUACAAGAAGGGUUUGAAAAAGAUGCAACAAUUAGAAAAGAGGAUUUUGGAUGAUCGUUCAAGAAAAGAGACCAGAAGGGCGAACUUUCAGACACACUACAGGGACGAGCUUCUGCAGUGA